UAUGUCACCUGUGCCAUGGGGCCCAUCAGUUAUCCUCCGCGCUCGCAGUACCAGAAGUUCAUCAUUCCUCAUGAAAACCUCCCAUCGUCAUCAUCACCAUCAUCAUCGUCAUCUUCUUCUUCUUCUUGGCCAAACCAAGUAACAGAGCAUGUGAAAUCUUCAAAUAGAGCAGUUGAAUCCUUGCAAGUCAUUUGUGAAAUCUGCACAGAAAUUAAACGAACUACCGAGAUGAUCAAGAGCCAAACAUGCCACCAUUCGUUUUGCUCUGAUUGUGUGACAAAACAUGUGGCCACAAAAAUCCAAGACAGCAUAACAUCAGUUCCGUGUCCUGGUUUGGAUUGUAAGAGUGUUUUUGAGAUGGAAGCUUGUCGGCCAUGGCUUCCCAAGGACUUGCUUGAAAGGUGGGAUCAGGCUCUGUGUGAAGCUCUGUUUCUGCAACUCCCAACAAUUUAUUGCCCCUUUAAGGAUUGUUCAGUUAUGUUGCUGGUUGAGAAUGAGGAAGAUCAACAAGCUGCAAAGGAAACAGAUUGCCCUGUUUGCCACAGAUUGUUCUGUCCAAGAUGUAAUGUACCAUGGCAUCAUGGAGUCGAUUGUGAGGAAUACCAGAAACUGAAUGAGAAUGAGAGAGGAAGUGAAGAUUUGCUUGUGAGACAGCUUGCUAAAGAGAAUCAAUGGAGAAGGUGUCCUAAGUGUAAGUUCUAUGUGGAGAAGACAACUGGAUGCUUGCAUAUCACUUGCAGGUGCAAAUAUGAGUUUUGUUAUGCAUGUGGAGAAGAAUGGACAAACACUCAUGGAGGCUGCCAAGGAAAGUAGAUUAUUUAAUGCCAAGGUUUGAUAAAGAGCAUAUCAUUAUCACUUGUCACUUUGUAAUUUUUGCGAUGUUUGUUUGUAUUGAAGACUUGACAUUAACUUGUCCAGAUUGAGAUUGAUAUUGGCAAGAA